AUGCUGUGGAUGUCGUCAAUACGUUUAUUGAAAGCUCAGAUUGGGAAUAAGUUCCAUUGUUUGAGAUGGGUGGCCACAGUCGCAAGCAGGAGAGUCUUUCAUUCUCCGUCUAAAUACAUUUUCUCCACAAUAUCUUCCAUGUCCGGUUCGGAGUCUGUUCAUGGUGACCCAUUCUCGUCGCUUAAGUGCGAAGCCUGGUACUUGGGAGCAUGGGUCGUUGAUUAG